UUUAUUUACUGAUAACUUUAAAAACAAUUUAAAAAACUACUUUAAAGAGACCACAACGCUGUUGCAACGCCAGCAGCGUUUAGAUUAACUUAUAGGUAUUGUAACUGUUGUUUACAAUAACCUAAAAAUCCAAUUAGAAACACCAGUGUUUUCGAUGGACAAUAUAAACAACGCAUUAACAUCGAAUGUAUUAUUAUUGUCAGCAGCAGCAGCUUUACUCCUAAAAUAUAAAAUUGAUAAUGACAAAAAGAAGUGCAAGAGAAAGAGAAGAUGGUGGGUAAGACCCAUGUACCAAAAUCACUACUUAAGAAAUGAUCUCAUUGACGAAAUGCGUCUGCAAGACAAUGAAACAUUCUUCAAAUGCACCAGGAUGACUGUUGAAAUGUUCGAUGACCUCUUGUACUUGUGUGGACCAUAUUUGAAGAAGAGAAGUAAUCGACCUGUAUUACCUGAAGCUGUUCGAUUGGCACUCACUUUAAGGUUACUAGCUUCCGGGGAUUCUCUUCAAUCAAUAGCCUUUGCUUUUCGUGUUGGGAAAGCCACUGUCUGUCAGGUGUAUAGAGAAACUUGCCAAGUUAUGUGGGAUGUGUUGCAACCAAUAUAUUUACCAUUGCCAAGUGAAGAGCAAUGGGAGGAAAUUUCCUUAGAUUUCUACACUAAAUGGCAGAUACCUAAUUGUGUGGGUGCAGUGGAUGGUAAGCAUAUAUCAGUUAGGGCUCCAAACAGAUCCAGCUCAGCGUAUAGGAAAGAUUUGAGUAUAUUCGUGUUUGGUAUCUGCGAUAGCAAAAACGAUUUUACUUAUGUUGAUGUGAGCGCUUAUGAUUCACAAAGCGAUGGAGGUGUUUUGAAAGAGUCCUCAUUCGGACAACAUUUGAACGCUGGAACUUUAAACUUACCUUCAGAUUGUUAUCUGCCAGGAUCAGAUACUCUUUUCCCUUAUUACUUCAUCGGUGAUGACGCUUUUCCUCUUCAACGCAAUUUAAUGCGUCCGUAUGGUGGAAGAAACCUACCAGAUGAUAAAACCAUAUUCAAUUACAGAUUGAGUAGAACGCACAGGUGCAUAGAGAAUGCUUUCGGUGUUCUCUGCACCAGGUGGCGAAUAUUUCAAAACACCUGUCCAGAAUCCGUGGAUAAAAUUGUGCAGGCCACAGUUUGUCUUCACAAUUACAUUAAAAGCAAAGAGUCGUUCUCGGACACUGCCAAUUAUUGCAAUGAUAAUUUUGUGGACAGAGAGGAAAAUGGUAAAUUUAUUUCUGGAAAUUGGAGGACCGAGAUUUCCAAUGGUUGCGCUCUGCAACCGGCAUCAAAAUUAAGAAGAUUAGGAACUAGAAAUGCUACAGUCAGUGUUACUAAUUUACGCGAUUCAUUAAACUCUCAUCUAAAUAGUAUAGGUAGCUUAGAUAAUCAAUUGGAAUUUUCAAAACUUAAAUAA